AUAAAAUACAAUUUCUUUCAUCUACACAUUUCACAUUUUUUGACGGAUUGUAACGGAGACUUUAAAUCUUUUUGAGGAAGUUCGCGCUUGACCUAGUCCAGAUGCAAGCUAACGCUAAAUGUUAGCAAGUUGCUAGCCGUAGCUUUUAAAUGACCAGUAAGCUAACUUAUGUGGCAUGUGUUUGUAAAUUGUUAAUGUAUUUCUGCGUUCACUAUAAACACUUAACAUCAGACUGAAAUAGUAAAAUCGUCAUGACCCAUGGUUAUAAUUUGCAGGAGUGCCUGGUUUUUUGAGAGGUUGGAUGUUGACGUUGGACUUUAACUGGCGCCGUUGUUCGUCCUUUUAGCACAAUUGAAGACACUAUGAAUAAUGAUACUCGCAAACUAUUUGAAACAGUUGCUAAAAAGAUGGGGUGGAUGGAUACGGGGCUGGAUGUUGCAAAAGAUAAGCUUAUAAAAGAAAUUGGUAAGAGUCGUCGUCCUGGCAUCAGUGAUGAUGGAUGUGCAAAGUCUUUUCUUUCUGAAAGUGAAGAUGAUUCAGAUCCAGAGAAGGAGAACCUACAGUUAAAUGACAAAGAAUACAGAUCCAAGACUGUGAUCGACUCCAGUGAUGGUGAUUUUAAUGAAUUUCUUGUGGAAAAGGCUACACCCAAAUCUAAAAUUUCCUCAAAGAAACCAUUAAGUUCUGCAAAGAAAGUCAGUGUGACUGUGGUGAGCUCAGACAGUGAUGGAGGUUUUGAGACUUUUCUUCAGCGGGUAAAAACUCCUAAUGUGAAGCCUAAGAAAGUAGAAAAGAGUGGGAGUGAAGACAGCCUCAAAAAGUUCAUAGUGGAUGACGACUCAUCAGAUGAUGACUUUAUUGAGAUUAAAUCCUCUUCUAGGGUCCCCAAGAAGAAUCACAAUCCAACACCUCGGCAUCCCUUAAGACCACUGUCUAAGUGUGACUCCCCAGUCUUUGUUAGUGAUAGUAGUGAUGAUGGUCAUAUUGUGGUGAAGAGCACAUGGAGGACUCGUCACUCAAGGCCUCAGCCACCAUCCAAGGUCAACAAAAAAAAAUCAUCACUGUGCAGCCAAGAGGAAGAUUCACCACCACUGCCACUUCUCCCCUCUCCUUCUGUCUGUGCCAGCAAAACUCCAGCUAUUUAUUCUAACAAUCCUAAGCGCACUCUUUCAGCACCAUCUAAAUUAGAAGACACAGCCAGUUCUGAAGAGGAGCUCACAUCCCUUUUGGAAAGACUAAAAAAGAAAAACAAGUUCCCUUUCAGUACAUCCUCACCAGUCACCAUCAAAGAAAACAGUAAAGAGCCUCCUGUGUCGGUCCAUCCUGUUAAAGCACCACCAACAACAGGAUCAAAAUUAUUAGUUCAGACACCAAAGAAUACAAAGACCCCAGGGAAAUCUACCGUCCACAGACCCAUGGUCAGUCAGACAGAACCCAGACAUGGCCCCAGCAGCAGGAUAGCAUUAUGUAAAACCCCAGGCUGCUUCUUGGAGUCACUUUCAAAUCCUCACUCCACAUAUGUGCAUAAUUUCAAGAAAACAAGGGAAGAACUCACGAGUAAACUCUAUCGGCUCUACAAUACUAGUGUGUUUGACAGUAAGCUUCCCAUCGAUAUGUCUGUAACCUGGAAUAAAAAGAUGCGGAAAACAGCUGGCUACUGUAUCACAGGGCAGGAACGAGGGGGAGGGAGCCGCUAUGCCCGCAUUGAACUGUCGGAGAAAGUCUGCGACUCUGCAGACCGCCUCAGGGACACACUGAUUCAUGAGAUGUGUCAUGCUGCAACCUGGCUGAUUAAUGGCGUGAGGGAUGGGCACGGGAACUUCUGGAAGCUGUACGCUCGCAAGUCCACACUAGUGCAUCCUGAGUUACCCAUGGUGACUCGCUGUCACAGCUACGACAUAAAGUAUAAAUUUCAGUACCAGUGCACCCGCUGCCAGAAUACGAUUGGGCGUCAUUCCAAGUCACUGGACACACAGAGGUUUGCAUGUGGCCUCUGCACAGGACAACUUGUUUUAUUGACGCCGUCCAAGCCACGCGCUGCUGCACCUUUUGCCAACUUUAUCAAAGAGAACUAUGGGACCACGCGACAGGAGCUGGCAGGACAAAGCCAUGCUGAAGUGAUGCGUAAAUUAAGUGCAGACUUUGCCUCCAAAACUAAACUCGGUCAAAGUUAACUUGCUGCUGAUUUCAUGUAUAGGGGACACGACCAGGAACCACAUGUGACCCCAAAAAGGGCCUUACUUUCAGUGUGCAGCUGUGACACGGAAUGAUGAUUAUUAUUAUUUUUUUUAUUAUUAUUAUAUUAUUUGUAAUUCCUUUAGUUGUCAGUAUGUGAAUUUAGAGUGGAUAUCUGCAAGUCUGAGCUGGAACAAGUUCAGGAGGGAUUGUGUGUGUACUGUUUUGUUCGUUUGUGUUUGUCAAACUGUGAAAUUCAUUUGACCUCAUGGUGUUUUGUUCAUAAAUUGUUCCUACGUUACUUGCAUAUGCAUCGUAACUAGGUACUGUUUUUUUUUUUUUUUUAUCACAAGGACAAUGUUCUGUUCAUUU